GAGUGAAAGAGAGAGAGAGAGAGAAGGUGGGAGCGCGCGGGUUUACAGUGGCACCGCGCUCACGAGCCAUCCGAACAUUUCACCGCAAAUGCAUUAUUUUUAAUUAAUUGAAUUGGAUGCGCGCGUGAGGCCGGUGCGCGUAAAACGAGCGCGUUGCAGCAGGAAUAACGGAGAUUCGGAGCACGAGGGAGGAAAAAAAGUGAAGUUGAUGCACGCAAAGACGGUGGGCGUGGCUUCAUACUAACGUACUGGGUUGUGUUUAAAGGAAUCGACACGAUGUCAAGAUCUGACGAGGUGAACAAAAUGACAGAAAAUGUCUACAAGAGCAUCUUGGAGCAGUUUAAUCCCAGUUUGAAGAACUUUGUCACCAUGGGCAAACACUAUGAGAAAGCACUGACAGGAGUGACUGUCGCAGCUAAAGGGUACUUUGAUGCUCUGGUUAAAUUGGGAGAACUGGCCAGUGACAGCCAGAGCUCGAAAGAACUGGGUGACACGCUGUUCCAGAUGGCCGAAGUGCACAGACAGAUCCAGGUGCAGUUAGAGGAUGUGUUGAAGCUGUUUCACUCCGAACUUCUCUCUCAGCUGGAACAAAAGCUCGACCUGGAUAUUAAAUUCCUCACUGCGACGCUGAAGAAAUACCAGACCGAGCGGAGGUCGAAGGCGGAGUCCAUCGAACGCUGCCAUUCACAACUGAAGAAACUGCGUAGGAAAAGUCAAAGCAGCCGCCACCCCAAUAAAUACGGAGACCGAGAGAUGCAGUUUGUGGAGCUGAUGAGUCGCAGGCAGACAGAGUUGGACUCUCUGGUCGCUGUUGGCUAUCGCUCGGCUCUCACCGAGGAGAGGAGGAGGUACUGUUUCCUGGUGGAUCGCCAGUGCUCCGUCGCCAAGCUGCUAAUAAACUACCACAGCAAGGUGCGUGAGCUCAUGUCACAAAAGUUGUCAUCAUGGCAACAGUCCUGUUCCCAGCCAACAAAAUUACCUGAGCGUGCGUUGAACCUGCUGCGUCACACAGCCCCUCAGGGCGCUGGGGCUUCUGGGAUAGCAGAUGUCCUCCGACACACUAAACUGGGUUCUGCUCAGUCUGGAGAGCAGAGGCUGUCCGUACAGGAAGUCCCGCCCCUUCUGAAUGGUGACUCAAGCAGUCGGUCCCAGCAACAGCGCGGUGGAUCCUCUGUCUCAUCUGACCCCACCCCUCGCUCCAUCUCUACCCAAAACAGCGCCACCUACAACACCAGCACCUCCUCUAGCCCCGGCCAGCUACAGACUACCUCUGUGCAGUCAGGAAGUGGUUCGAGCUUACUUUCUCCACCAACUGGUUCUGCAUUCCUCUCUCUUAGCCCCGCCUCUGCUUCGUCCCUUAAUUCUCUGCAGGGCUUGGCUCCGCCCCCAAGUGCUCCCCACACUCCUCAAUUGCCCCACAGUGCACCUCUCUCUCGUGCUCUUACCCCCGUGCCACCCUCUGCCUUCUCUCCUCCGCCCUUUAACCCUCUGCUGCUCAGGGCGGCCGACAUCUACGCAACCUCCACGCUGCCACUGCCAAGGAAACAGCCGAAUGAGAUGCAGACAGGAAUUUCGGGUUCUACCCUACCCCGUGUUCUCCCUCUCUCUCCUCCACUCCGUGUGGAAGCGCUGUUCUCUCACUCGCCCAGCUCUAGUGACAGGGCAGAAAGAGGAGAGAGAGCAGGGUCGUGUCUGCUGUCCUUCCUUCCAGGAGACAUCAUCAGUCUUCUGAUCAGCGAGCCGAGAGACGGGUGGCACUACGGACAGAACGAGAGAACUGGACGGAAAGGCUGGUUUCCCUUUUCCUAUACACAGCCGCUCCCAAAAACAUUGACGCCGACUCACCACGACGCCUUCAGUUCUCCGGGUCUGUCCAAGUUGAACAGUACGAGUAUGGGACAGUUAGACAGGCUGCCCCCUGCAGGUGAGUUUGGGAAGCUCAGUCCAGACUCGGAAGAGGAGCGGGGGAUCAGCACGUUUAGGCCACGCCCCUACAGCAUGAUGAACCCUGACAUCAGACACACAAGUCCAGGACAUGCCGAGCAGAAGGGCAAAGAGCAGUUCCCUGAUGAUCGCUCAUCUCCUCCACCGUCUCCCACCAGGACCAAUCCGUUUGCUCAUAUCCAUCUGAGGAAGACGGUGACCAACGAUCGCUCGGCUCCGCUUAUCGAGUAGCGAGGAUCGUCUUUUUUGUCUUUUUGUUCACAUUUCUCUUUGGCGGAAAUAAUUUUUAAUUAUUCCUAAAAAUGUUCAGAAAUUUUUAAGUAAUUUUAGAUGAGUAAAAAAAAAAAUCCUGAGGAAAAAAAUUAUUCACCUAGCUAAUUUACUUCCUCUUUUUUUUUCUUUUUUCAGCUGAGUCAGAGAUCGGUCAAAUUUUUAUUUUUUUAAUUUUAUAUUAAUUAAAAUUGCUUCCAUGUUUAUUAACAAAUUGUUUAAAUAAUGUCUCAAUUUAAUCAACAUGUACUGUUUAAAAUAUGUGCCAAAAAAUGUUCUCAUUUUGGAUCAGGUCGUGUACCGGAAGUCAGGUCAUAUUAUGUAUUUAAUACAUUUAAAAUCAACAUUUAGUUCAUUCGUGAGUGAAAUCUCCAUUUUAGAGUGCUAGCUAGCUGAUGAAGCAAGCAUUUCCGACCAAAACUCCCAGAGUUUCAGUUUCCCGGUGAGCCGCUUCACAGGUACAUGCCUGUGUCACUGCUUUAAAAAAGUCACUGAUGCUGACAUUGUGUUUUGAUUCAUUAUGUCUGAUAGCUAUAGCUAGCUAUAUUUCUAAAACUUUAGCUAGCAGAUUUGUUUCCGCUUAUUUGAUAGCUGGUUUGCGUUACACUUGUCUCUCAGGAAUUCGUUAAUGAAUUUGAAUUGUCUUAUCAAAUUUUAGCUGGCUAAUUAUUACAAAUUUUCUCUCAUACGUUAGCUAGAGACAGCUAGUUACAAUAAAGUAUUUUUUUGUUACGUUACAGCUUCCUGUCAGUUAUAAGCAAGCGAAUUAGAAUUGCAUAUCAAAUAUUUUGCAGCUAGUUCAAUUUUCUAUCAAAUAAUAAAAUACAAUAAAAUAAAGCUAAUCAGUUACAAAUCUCUAUCAAAUGCUAGCAAGAUUAUUUCAGUUUUCUCUCAAAUAUAAGCUAGCUACAUUUCAAUCUAAUAUCAGUGAUUGAAUUUUUCACACAUUAGCUAGCUAUGCUCUAAUUUUCUGUCAGACUUUCUUUUCAGACUACAUUCCAAGCGUCUCACAAUCAUUAGCUAGCAAAUUGGUUUUCUCUCAAAUGUCAGCUAGCUGUAUUACAGAUGCAAUACAAUUGUCUUUCAAAAAUAUACCUGUGAAUUAGAAUUGUACGUUAGCAAUUAGAAUGACAGAUGUUACAAAAUAUCAUGAAAUGUAGCUCGCUAAUUCCAGAAUCAUUUUAAAUACUACAUAGUUGCAUUACAGCUUUCUGUUAAUGAUAAGCUAGCGAAUUACAGUUGUCUAUAAAAUUUUAGCAACUGCUUAAAUUAUAAUAGAUAACUACAAUUUUUCUCUCAAACAUUAGCAUUUCUCUCAAAUGCUAGCUAGCUUCAUUAGAAUUGUAGCUCUCCAAUGUUAGCUAGCUCGUAUCCUUCCGUUGCCUUUCUACCGACUUAAUGUGGAGAUUUGUGUUUUGUGCCUUGAGCCAUUUUGGAUAAUUGCAUAUCCUCUAAGUUCUGCUGAAGUAUUUAGUGAAUGUAGACAUUAUUUGAUUUUUAUAAAGUACAGUAUUUAAUGUCAGAAAGGAUCCAGGAAGUAAAAAUGCAGAAGGUCGGUAUGUUGUCUUGUUGGCGUCUUUUGGUUGUUGAGAUAUUGAAGGUUAACGGACGUAGGUUCAUGUCCUGGAUUCAGAAGGUGUUGAUUCAUUGCUGCAAAUCACAGGCAUAAUAUGUAUACGUUGUUGUUUCCAUAGUAACAUAAGCAGGGAUUUACAGGAGUUACAUGAGACAAAAUUAUGUGAACACAAAUGAAAUGUGUAAUCUCUCUUUAUUAAUAAGGUGUUAGACCACCAUUUGCAUUUAAUACAGCUUCCAACCCACUUAUUCCGAAUAAGUAGAAUUUUGAACAAUUCAUCUAGCAGAAGAUCUUCUAGUUGCUUUAGAGAGGUUGGAGCAGGGAACCUGCUUCUUAAACUUCUCUCCAAAAUUUCCCACACUGGUUUGAUCAUAUUCACGUCAGGUGAUUGAGCUGGCCAGGGCAGAUGUUGAAGUUCAUCCUGGUGCUCCUCAAACCAAGACUGAACUGUUUUGGCUGUGUGUAUUGGCACAUUAUCAUCAGCAGCAUCACCGACCAUGUUGGCUAAUGAUGGGGCCAGCAGAAUACCAAGAUCUGGCUGCCCAAAUCUUCACAGAUCCACCUCCAUGUUUGACAGCUGGAACCAGACACAUUUGGUCUCUGUCCUUCUUAGUGUAUUAUGGUCUGGAUUUUCAUCCACUAUUCUUCUUUGCUGAUGAUUUCCUGUCCACUGUAGCCUACACAAAUCAUAUUAACCCCUAUAACAAUGAGUGUUCACAUUAUUUUGUCCAACCCCUGUAUGUUAUACAAAAAUAAACUUCACCAUGGUAACAGUAUUAACAGUACAGCAUUUAUAGGGGGCCAAGCACCGGGUCAAUACUGUGAGAAUCUUGCGUUCUGUAAGUGAAAUAUUUACAUGAAUAUAAACGUGUUUAAUGAUGUUUGGUAACAUUUAUAAGGUUUAACAUUAUCGACAUUGCCGAUUAUCAUAGUAUUUUGUGAUCUCCACUCAAAUCAGCCAAAUUAAAGUCAGAAUUAAAGUCAUAUAUGGAUAUUUUGUGUGGGUUGAUAAUGUGAUCAAGCCGUACAUCAUAAUGUUAACAAUACUGCGUUUACACUACAGUGUUCGGGGGAAAUCUUUGAAGGUUAAGAACGUACGGAGAAUGACGGCAACUUCGGAAAGUGAUGAAAAAAGUUCUGGAAAGUGUGGAUGUGUCGUCGUCGGAGGAGGAAUUUGACCAGAUAUUUUAUUUUUGUUGGCUUGCUUUCUCUUUAUUGGAGAGAGUUUGAGGUGAUUAGCGGUCGUUCUGUUCCUAGAGUCAGUUAUUAGCUAGCUGUUAGCUAAUAGUCGUGAAUGCUAGCGAAUCCGCAUAGGAGAGGUUAGCUUAUAAGGUUUGUUAUUGCGUAUUUGCAACAACGAUGAAAGCAAUUUGAAACAAUUUAUGUGUAAAUGUAUUAGACUGUCAUCCCAAAAAGGACUCAAUUAUUUUUUUUUUUAAUCAGAAAUUGUGUCUGAUUUGUGAGUUUCAGCUCUUACAUCUGAGAAAAAAUAAUUGGUGAUCGCUGAAACAUUCGAUGUGAUUAUGUUAGAUUAUUUAGCUCAUUUUAAAAUCAAUGGUUAUAUUGAAUGGAUGAAAUUCUUAAAAUACAAGUUUAUGAUUAAUUUUAACAUCUCCAAAUGAUUUUUAUUUCAAUUACUUUUUUAUUUUUAUUUUUAUUGAGAUUUUAAAGGAAGUGCAAAGCAAAAAUCACUGAAAAUAUUAACUCUUUUAAUUUAAAUGUAAUUAUUUGGUGUCAUUUUUAUUUUGGUCUGCGGUUUAAAUUAAAAAAUUGGAGCCAGAUGUUGGGAUGUUUGUCAUACAGUAUGUA